AUGGGUGAGAUGGUGCAGAGCAACAACUGCAAACAGUCCUCGAUGUCACCAACGAUAACGAUUACCUACGAGGUGAAGCCACCAACAAGCAUCGACGCUGAGGGUUUGGCAAGCGCAAAGACCGGUAAUUUCAACGUCAAAAGUACACCUGCCGAUGGUCACAAGGUCUACUAUACGGCACUGAGAGAGGCGAUCGAGGAAGCGAGGAAUCAGGUCGGGGAUGAGCUGACGGUGUGGAGGGAUCGAGUGGGCAAGGCAGAGUUGACGAAAGAACCAAAGAAGGCGGACGACGACGAAGAGGGCGAGGAGGAAGAACAGCCGGAAGUGUAA